GCCCCGCCGUGCUCUGCAGCCCAGCAGCCGCCGCCAUGGCCGACGAGUUGGACUUCACGACGGGCGACGCCGGCGCCUCGUCCACCUAUCCCAUGCAGUGCUCGGCGCUGCGUAAGAACGGCUUUGUGGUGCUGAAGGGGCGUCCGUGUAAGAUCGUGGAGAUGUCCACCUCCAAGACGGGAAAGCACGGCCACGCCAAGGUCCACCUGGUUGGUAUUGAUAUUUUUAAUGGGAAAAAAUACGAAGAUAUUUGCCCAUCAACUCAUAACAUGGAUGUCCCAAAUAUAAAGAGGAAUGAUUAUCAGCUGAUAGGGAUUCAGGAUGGGUAUCUCUCCCUGCUGACAGAAAGUGGCGAAGUUCGUGAGGACCUAAAGCUGCCAGAAGGUGAUCUGGGAAAAGAAAUCGAAGGAAAAUUCAAUGCCAAUGAAGAUGUGCAGAUAUCCGUCAUAAGUGCAAUGAAUGAAGAAUGUGCUGUAGCCAUAAAGCCUUGCAAAUAAAGAGGAUCGCCAGGCACGGGCAACUGCUCAGAAUUGGAAAGACUGCAGUAUUUCCUGCCUCCAAUGUUGGCACGUAAUACUUCAAGAUUUCAACAGAUCCUUCAACUUGUUGCUUCUAAUGGUGGUUUUUCAACUAGGCUCCUGCUAGUUGAGCCAUGUUCUCAGGGCUGUUUUGUUUUGUUUUGUUUUUUAAGAAGUUAGCUGAAUUUCACUGUUCUAAUGUAACUGCUUUCAAGCCUCUCGCAGCUUUUUCUAACCCAUGAUGUACCCACAAACCGGGCACAGUCUGUAGCUUCACAAUACAGGUAGUUUUACCGGAUCUGUAAAGAAGUCAAACUUGUUGACAGUUGAAACUCUUAUGGUUACUGCAGGUCAGUCUUACAGAAUUCAGAAUUAAAUAAAUCCCACUUUUUUUUUUUUUUUUUGCUUGAGUGAUUAGAAUGUAGUUUGUUACGGUAGAAUUAAACGUCAGGAUCAGACGACCUUAAGGCUAUGUUGCAUAUCUCACACGCAAGUUAUGGAAGGCACAGGUGAGCUCUGGUGCCUGUGGGAGUAACUUCUGCAAGCAGAGAGCUGCUGUGUUGGUCUGAAUGUUGGCUCUGUGUCACUGGAAGCCCCCGUUCCCUGUCUAGGGAGGAGAGGCCCCCCAGCACAGCAGUGCCAUUCCCUCAGCUGUGCCCCAGGCAGCUGCAGGCCAGGGGCUGCCUGUAUGCUUGAGAAGGUGCGUUGCUGUUUCACACCACACCCACGAUGAGCUGAAAGCGGUCGUUGUGUGCUUUGCUCCAGAAGUUAUCAAGGUCUCAGUGCGGGGGGCAGCGGGGCGAUGCUCGGGGUGGCGGGGCUGCCGGGGCGCUGUGACGCUGUGGUGCCGUGGUCCUGGGGGGUGGUUUGGGCCUCCUGUCGCUUUGCAGUCAGCGUUCGCUCUGUGCCUGCGGGCCAACCCCGUGCUUUUUACGAGGAACACUUCAGCGCUAGAGCCGCUCGGCCUAGAAUUGUACGAGGAAGAGAAUUGCUUUCGUUCCUAAUGACAAUUAAUUAGAGCAAAUAAAGAGGUGACUCGC